AUGGCCACAGAAGAUGCUGUUAUUGCAACAAAUGAUGAUGCUGCUCAAUGUAAAAGAUAUGCUGUUGAAAAGGGAUAUUGGAAUGACCCAUACAUUUCAUUGAUGAUACCAAAAGGCUCAGCUCGACAUGCUCCAGAAAUAAAUCGUGGAUAUUUUGCUCGUAUUUCUAGUAUCAGGUUGUUACUUGAGAAAUUCAUCAAGCUUACAAAUAAGAAAUGCCAGGUGAUUAAUCUAGGAGCAGGUUAUGAUACAACAUUUUGGAGGUUAAAAGAUGCACAUUUGAUGCCCCAGAAGUUUGUAGAGAUUGACUUUCCUGUUGUCACUGCCAAGAAAUGCCAUCAUAUCAAAUCCAAGAAACCUCUUUUAGAUAAAAUUUCUAAUGAUGAUAUUAUGCUCAGUAAAUAUGACCUGCAUUCAGCUAACUACCAUAUCGUUGGUGCCAACCUGACAGAACUUGGUGAUAUAGAGAAGAAGUUGCAGGAAUCAGGAAUUGAUAGAAGUAUACCUACUGUAUUUAUAGCAGAAUGUGUACUUGUGUAUAUAGACUCUAAUAAAAGUGGGCGUUUAAUCAAAUGGAUUUCUGAUCACUUCCCAACUGCUUUCUUUAUUAAUUAUGAACAGGUUAAUAUGGGAGACAAGUUUGGUCAAGUUAUGAUGGAUAAUUUAAGAUCAAGAGACUGCUAUUUAACAGGGGUUUCAGCCUGUGCUAACUUACAAUCACAAAUGCAAAGGUUUACAUCUAAUGGUUGGGCUGACGCUGAUGCUUUAGAAAUGAAUAAAGUUUAUAAUUGUCUACCAACAGAUGAAUUACGGAGGAUAGAGAAGAUAGAGUUUAUGGAUGAAAGAGAGUUAAUGGUACAGUUAUUUAGUCAUUAUUGUUUAGUCUGGGCCUAUAAAGAUACACUGAAUAUUGGUCUAGAAACAAUAGAUUUAAGUUUAUAA